AUGGCGAUAGCGGCGGCGGGAGGGCGAGGAGGAGCCUCGGCCCGGGUCAGGGUGGGGGUCCGGGGCCCCACCACCGCCACCCGCACCGCCACCCUGUGCAACGGCUCCCGGUGUGUGUACGUUUAUUACCCGAGAGACGGCGAGUGUCAGCGGGUAGUUUACAGGCUACCCAAUGCUGUGUGGCAUGUGGAGCUGGAUUGGAAACAAGAGUGGCUGUACGUGUUGUGUGCAGGCAGUGGGAUAUACUGUGUAUCUUUAAACCACCAGACUAGUCCCGAUAAAGAGACGGACCAUCUUAAACCGAGUGAAGAUGCCGCACAGUCACGGAAAGUCGGUGGAUGUCACGUUCCCCUCGUCCACACCGUCGGGGCCGAUCGCUGCCUCUCUCGGGACUCCGAGCUUUGGUCUUUCAUCCUGUCUGACGAUGUUCUUGUGACGGUGGCUAAGGAGGGUAUGAACUGGAGGAUCAGCACCCUUAGGCUCCCAGCGCUUGGCUCCGAGCUUCAGAAGAGCGGUAGAGUUGAGGAAACAAACGUUGCCUUUCACCCCAUUUUUAAAAGUAACUUGCCCGGCUGUGAAGAGCGGAGCUCCGUGCCAGUGUUCUGCUGUGUGUACCCAGAGACUGCGACCAACCCCUGGCGAGGGGAAGGAAGUGAUGCUCAUUUCUCCCUCGACUCGUCUCUGUUCGGCCUGCUGUUUGGUGUGGACGCCAGCAUGGUGAACGCCCCCAUGAUCCUCUGCGGCUUGCCUGACGGCCAACUCUGCUGCUUCUCCCUCAGGCUGGCCGGCUCUGCUCACACCCGGGCGAGUCACGGCAGGUCUGAGGUCAAAGGCCAGAUGCGGGUACUGCACCACCUCGAACAACCAGUCGUUUACAUCGGGGCCCUCGCCUUAAAGCAGGAAGUGGAUACUGCCAGAGAGACAAGUUGCAACUGCGUAGUGGUGGUUGGGAAAGGCGGCAAAGUGGUGGUCAUCAAGCCUAACCCGCAGCUGGAGGCGGUGCAGGCUCCUGACUUUGUCGAAUACCAUCUCCGUGGGCCUAUCGUCUGUGCCUGUUGCUGCGCCGACGUGCUUUACUACAGCACGCGCUCUGAUCUCUUCAGCAUCGAGCUGGUUUGCAGCAGGAGCCCUCCUUCCCCUGGCGACAGAGUGACCAGCGACAAGAGUGGCCCGGGCGGUGCUGCUGCUCUGCCUUCCGUUCUGACCCCCGUCAGCCUGAACGUUUGUGGGGUUUUAGCUGUCUCCGCACCUCUUCUAACGUCUGAAGGUGAUGUAGACUUGGUAGCGUUUACAGAGAAAGGAAAGGUGAUGGUGAUCACUUUGCCCCACAGUCCCGGGGAAGCCCAAAGCACAAAAUUCACUGCAGCAGAAGCAGGGCAGCGGAUAAAAGAUCUCCUCUCGGGCAUCGCUGGUGUGUCUGACAGAGUCACUUUGUUGAAAAGCACCGAGAAGCAAAAGGACAAGGCUUUGAAAGGACUGAACCAGGACUUUAACAUAUGCUGUGCGCUGCUGGGCAGACGGGAGAGCCAGGGAACGGGAGUGACCACGCCUUGCAAACGGCCAGUCACCUGCCGAGUCACUGUCCGGUGGGACCGUUUGCUGCUGCAAGAUUCUUUGGUUAUUUCCUGCACUUUAGAGAACCUGAGCGAUUGGACUCUGGAGCACAGGUGGACGCUCUGCGUCAAGAUCGUUAGCCAAGCUCGCAAUCUGACUCCAGGGUGUGACCGCAAAGCCAUUACUUAUACUUUUCCCAUCAAUAAACUUCCACCAAGCAAGAAGAUGGAGGUCACGCUUCCUCUGAAAUCUGGGACGGACGGCACUGAAGCACUUCCUGCAUCGGUUCACUGCUUCCUCCACUACAGCCUGAAGUGUAUUCUGGGAAAUGGGCCAUCCACGUCCCGUAAUUCUUUGCCCCGUGGCCUUGAUGUGUCAGAAAAGGAGGGCAUGUGCUUGCCUCUGGACAUGCACACUGUUGACUUGUUGGACUGCUUGCGCAUUCGCGAAGGGGCUGUGGAUGAAUGGGCUCCUGCCCACCACGUUCACCAUCACCGAGCUGCAGACACACUGCAGACCUUCCUACAAUCUUUUGCUCGGCCGGGGGCGAGCGGCUUGAGGGGCAGGGAUGUGGCAGGCAGUGACGGCAUGUCCGCAGGCCCUCUUGUGGCUUCCAUCAAGCUGUCUACAGAUGUGGUGAAGGUUGGCCUGAAGGAGUUUUGUGCAGGAACCACUGUGGCACAUGCUGUCCUCCGGUGGCUGCUUUCUGCUAAUUCUGAGAUGGAAGCCACGAGGACACAACUAUCGUCCGUCGUGAAUGGCACUGCACCGGACGGCACGAGUGUCCGGUUACAAGCAAAGGAGGUUGUGGUCGCUGGUCUCUCCGCUGAGGGACCGAUCAGUGCUGUGGAAAUUGAGAUGACAUGUUCGUCACUGACUGUGUUUUGUUUCUUGCAUCAAGCGGUUACACGACGAGUCCAGGUGCUACUGACACGUGCUCCCUGUAGUAUCUCGCUGCCUGGCCUUCAAGUUCAAUCUCUCAGACAACUGGUACACCACGCAGAGACUCUACUUAAAGAGGUGCAGUCGUUGCGUGACAGGCUGUAUCUCGGGGAGGAAGAGAAUCGGAUUGAGACCGCGAACAAACUUCUCCAUGUCUACUGGCAACUGAGAAACACUGAUCUGGUCGCUGUGUAAUGGAGCUGAACCGUUAACCGAAUUGUCGCAGUUUUCAGUGGAGAACAAGAUGUCCAUGACUCAGAAGCUCAAAAGGCUUGAGGUUACUGUUUGGCAUUUCACAAUCAUUCUCAUUGCUGGGUUAUUUGAUACGCUGAGGUAAUGUAAGGUACAUGGUGGAGCAGGAUGGUGUGUUACUGUGCAGGACUGUGGUUGGCUGGUCUGAGAAACGGCUGAUUCCAUUCACAAGUCACGCGCAUAGAAACAAUGGAGCAAACAGUCACAUUCAAUCUCGUUAUUAUAGAUCUCUCAUCUCUGGUUCCAGAGGUAAUUUGCUGCAUUUUAUAAUUCAUGAUCCAAUGAAAGUGAAUUUGCAUCACUGCAGGAUCUGCCUUCUGGUCAGUAAUACAGAGCUCACUUUGAGGAGCCUGGAGCACUUUUAGGAGCCUGGGAUUCAAUCUCCUUCUGAGCUACAGCCUGCAACCGUUGCUGGAUUGUCUAAUGGAACUGACUGGACCGUAUGGGUUUGUGGACGUGAAAUUGUCUUGACCCUCUGAUUCCAGAAUUCUGCACAAUAAACAAAAGGUCAAACAUGUAGUGUGAGAGCAUUGAUGAUCCGACUGUUGUUUGGGUUUGUUUAAUGGUUCAGAGUGAUCGGCGCCAUAAUAUGGGCUACAAUUGGUCCCGGGUUAAGAAAUAAAAGGACAGCCAGGUUUCCAGCCUUUAACUGCUCACCUGUGUGUUAAUGUUGAAUGACGGACACGAUGGGCCGAAUGGCUUUCUUCUGUGCUGUAAAUUUCUAUGAUUCAAUGGAAUAAAGACUGGAUUCCCAUUGA